CGGCCAGUACUUUAGUAUUCAGCAUUCGACCCAGUACCGUAUUUUCUAAGACGAUUCAACGGUGCGAUCAAAUUUAAUGUAAAUGAGAAAAACGGCGAUUUUUUGCGUAACUUUUCUGCACUGUCGCGUUAAAGCAAAAUAAAAAAUGACCUUGAACAGGUUCUUAUUGAUCGCGGUGUUGUUCGGUUAUAAAAGUGCCGUAGUAGGAACCAAGUUUGGCAAUCUGGCUUUUAGGGAUACGUCCGGUCUGACCGAUACGGACCUGCGGGAAAUCCAACGGCAAAAUCAAAUAACCAAACAAAUCCUACAAAAUUUCCUCGAGAGGAGCAUUUACGGUAAACGGUUCUCUAGUGCUCCCAGUCUAUUAGACAUCCUUCCUAACAACGUGGUGCGUAGACCGGCUAAUAACAAUAUCCAAGACCUUUUGGGUAAUUCCACCCAAGAAUCCGAUAAGGAAACUUUGGACGGCGACGAAACUGAAAAUUUCGAUUCUUAUUAUGAAGAUUUCGAUUUUGAAGAUUGUCCGAACUGCAUUGAAGACAGCUUACCUGCCAUGAACAGGUGGACAAUGCCUUUGUUAAAAUUAGGCGAAAAACGGUAUUAUUUAGGAAUUUUUUUUAAGGCGAAUUAUUUCCGGGCCACGCAAUAUUGCAGGUUUCACGGGAUGCAUUUGGCCAGCAUCACGUCACAAGAAGAGAACGACAAGCUGGAGAAGUAUAUUAAAGAUUUCGGUUUUGGGAACGAACACUUCUGGACCUCCGGCACAGAUCUGGCGGACGAAGGGAAUUUCUUCUGGAUGUCCACCGGUCGUCCGAUCACGUUCACCAAUUGGAACGCCGGAGAGCCGAACAAUUUCGAAUAUGAAAACGGCGAACAGGAAAACUGCCUGGAACUGUGGAACAGAGACGGAAAAGGCUUGAAAUGGAACGACUCCCCUUGUUCGUUCGAAACGUAUUUCGUGUGCGAGGUGCAACCUUAACGACCAAAGAUAUUUUUAGUACAAUAGGGUUAAUUAAUUGUAUAAAAAGAACAAAAAAAAAUUGAAAUAAACUGUGUCGUUAGAUGUUUGUGAUAAGAACACUGUUUCGAGUAUUUGUUUCCUAAUGGGGGUUUUUUAUAGUCAUUAGGGAUAGGAGCGAAUGUUACGUGAUAUAUUUGUUUAAUUUAAUUGUUCUUAGCCGUAUUGUUAUUUGAUUGUUAAGUGUGUAUGUAAUUUGUUUAAUUAGGCAGCAACAGUUGGAAAAUGUGACAUGAGGAGGAUCCAGAAAAUAAAUUUUUUGUCUUGUACAA